AUGAUUGCGCUGGCCGCGUUAACCUCGCUCCUCCUCCUCCUCCUCCAGGCUCAGGACGCCGCCGGCGCCAACGAGUUUGUGUACGCCGGCUUCGCCGUAGGCAGCGUGGCGACCACCGGAGCGGCCGCCGUGCUCGCCUCCUCCGGCCUCCUGCGGCUCACCAACGACACCAAGGAGGCGUUCGGCCACGGCUUCCACCCGGCGCCCCUCCGCUUCCGUGACGCCGCCACCGGCGCGCCCAUCUCCUUCUCCACCACCUUCGUGGUCGCCAUCGCGCCGCGGUACCCGGACGCGCACGGCCACGGCAUCGCCUUCGCGCUCGCGCCGUCGAUUGUUGUCCCUGGCGCCGUCGCCGGCAUGUACCUCGGCCUGUUCAACACGUCGGACAGCCUGGGCAACGGCACGAGCCUGAUCGUCGCCGUCGAGCUGGAUACUGCCAUGGACGCUGAGUUCGACGACGCCGACGAAAACCACGUCGGCAUCGACGUCAACGGCCUCCGCUCUGUUAGCUCGACCCCGGCCGGGUACUGGCACGACGACGGAUUCGGUGGAACGAAGUUCGACAACAUCAGCCUGACUGGCGGUGGCGACGCUCCUCUGCAGGUGUGGAUCGAGUACGACGGCGAAAGCUCGCGCCUCGAGGUGACGGUGUCCCCGGCCGGCGCGCCCAGACCGGCCGUUCCGCUCGUGUCAUGCAACGUCAACCUCUCGAGGGCCGUGGCUGAUGACACCUAUGUCGGCUUCUCGGCGGCCAACGGCGCGGCUGCGAGCUCGCACUACGUCCUCGGCUGGAGCUUUCGCCUGGGUGGUGGCCGCGCGCAGGACCUCGAUCUCUCCAAACUCCCGAGGCUCCCGUCGUCAGGAUCAUCGCCAUCAUCCAAGAGAACGAUGCCGCCGCUGCUACUCCCGAUGACGCUGCUCGUCCUGGUCGUCGUGAUCCUGCUCCUGGCCUCCGCGGCCGUCGCGGCGCUCGUGGUGCGGCGGCGCCGGCAGUUCGCCGAGGAGGAAGAAGACUGGGAGGUAGAAUACGGCCCUCACAGGAUCAGCUAUAAAGACCUGCACGACGCCACGAAUGGUUUCCGCGACCUCAUCGGCGCCGGAGGCUUCGGCCGCGUGUACCAUGGUGUGCUCCCGAGGUCCGGCGCCGAGGUCGCCGUCAAGGUGGUGUCGCACGGGUCGCGCCAGGGGCUGCAGGAGUUCGUGUCGGAGAUCGUGAGCAUGAGCCGGCUGCGCCACCGCAACCUGGUGCAGCUCCUUCACUACUGCCGGCGGCGCGGGGAGCUGUUGCUCGUCUACGACUACAUGCCCAACGGCAGCCUGGACCAACACCUGUUCGGCCAUCCAUCGUCGGAGCUGAGCUGGGAGCAGCGCGCCAAGAUCGUCCGGGGGGUCGCGGCCGGGCUGCUGUACCUGCACGAGGGGUGGGAGCAGGUGGUGGUGCACCGGGACAUCAAGUCCGGCAACGUGCUCCUCGACGCCGACAUGAACGGCAAGCUCAGCGACUUCGGGCUCGCGCGGCUCUACGACCACGGCGGCGACCCGCAGACGACGCGCGUCACAUGGUUGGACGGCCAGCUCCCAUAUAACUGUCCACGGACGGAUACAUUGGCCUUUUUAGGAGUCCGUGUUGAAGAUGCCCUUAUGCUGCAACUCUCAUGGAUGAUAUAA